UCGCGGCGCGCAAGCGCCUCGCCCCCUUCAUUGUUCUAGGCCCGGAGACCGCAGAAGCUGGGGAGCGCGCACGGUUCAGCUGUUCUGCAGCCAAGAACACGCUGUCUCCACCGUCAAGUUCCAAGAUACCCCGCCUGGUAGAGGGAGUGGCGUCAGCAAUGCUUCCGCCGCGGGGUGACGUGACUGCCUUAUUCCUCGGGCCUCCGGGCUCAGGAAAAUCCUCGCUAAUUGCAGCGCUUUGCGACAAGAAUGUGGAGACGGUAGAGAUCCCCGAAGGACGGCCGGACUCUGGGAUCCCUAGUUUGAGAGCUGCGGGCCCAGGUCUUUUCCUGGGUGAACUGAGCUGCCCACCCGCGGUGCCGGGGCCCUGGGCGGCGGAGGCCAAUGUGCUGGUAUUGGUGCUACCCGGGCCCGAGGGGAACGGGGAGCUCUUGGACCCAGCAUUGGCAGAGGCAGCGCGGGCCGCCCUAGCCCGAGGGACCCCGCUGCUUGCUGUGCGGAACCUCCGCCAUGGGGAUUCGCAGAAUGAUGCCCGGGCUCAGACAGCAGCCUUGCUGAACAGCGCCGGGUUAGGAGCGGCCACUCUCUUUGUGCUGCCAGCAGAGUGCUGCAGCAGCGAUUGCUGGGAGGAGCUAGAACGCCUGCGGGUGGCACUGCGGAGCCAGGCGGAGGCGCUGCAGAGGCUCCUGCCACCGGCCCAGGAUGGUUUUGAGGUGCUGGGCGCAGCUGAGCUGGAGGCUGUGCGGGAGGCCUUUGAGACCGGUGGCCUUGAGGCAGCUUUGUCUUGGGUGCGCUCAGGCCUGGAGCGCCUGGGCAGCGCAAGACUGGACCUGGCAGUGACUGGCACAACUGACAUAGGCCUUGUGCUGAACAUGCUACUUGGGUUGGAUCCCAACGACCCUGGUGCAGUUCCUGCUUCUGUACCCACAGUGCCCACCCCCUUCCCAGCACCAGAGCGCCCAAAUGUAGUGCUCUGGACUGUACCUCUGGGUCCCAUGGGCACUUCCCCUGCUGCUGCCCCUCACCCCACCCACUAUGAUGCCCUCAUCCUCGUCACUCUCGGGGCCCCCACUGAGAAGGACUGGGCCCAGGUCCGCUCCUUGGUGGUACCAGAUGGGCCCCUCGUCUGCGUGCGAACAGAUGGUGAGGGCGAGGAUCCAGAGUCUCUGGAAGAGGAAAAAAUAAAGCCCAGGGAUGCAGACUUACAGAAGAAAGGCGAAGGGGGACUGGAGAAUGCACCCAACGACCCAAAGGAAAAACCUGGCACUGGAUCUCAGAAAGCAGGUGGGGAAGAUUCAGAGAAGGCUAGCAGCAAAGGUGUCGGCGCCAAGAAACCAGGCAGUGGGGACUCAGGGGGCACCGGUGCUUUGAGUCCGGAGGACGAGACGUGGGAGGUGCUGGAGGAGGCUCCCCCACCAGUGUUUCCCCUGCGGCCUGGUGGACUCCCCGCGCUAUGCGAAUGGCUGGAGCGCGGGCUUCCACCAGCCCAGGCUGGGGCGCUGCUGCUGGCGCUGCCCCCCACAUCUCCAGGCGCUGCCUGCAGAAAGGCUGCAGCGCUGCGUGCUGGGGCAUGGAGGCCGGCUCUGUUGGCUAGUUUGGCGGCAGCAGCAGCCCCUGUACCAGGGCUAGGCUGGGCGUGCGACGUGGCACUUCUCCGGGGACAGCUGGCCGAGUGGCGGCGGGCUCUGGGGCUUGAACCUGGGGCCCUGGCACGACGUGAGCGUGCCCUGGGCCUGGCUCCUGGGGAGCUGGCCGCCCGUACUCACUUCCCAGGCCCAGUGACGCGUGCAGAGGUGGAAGCAAGACUGGGUGCCUGGGCCGGUGAGGGCACUGCUGGGGGCGCAGCGCUGGGUGCACUGUCCUUCCUGUGGCCUGCGGGUGGCGCAGCUGCGACUGGUGGUCUGGGCUACCGCGCGGCCCAUGGUGUCCUGCUGCAGGCACUAGAAGAGAUGCAGGCAGAUGCGGAGGCCGUGCUGGCGCCCCCUGAGCACACCCAGUGA